AUGCACAAAAACACUGAACUAUUCCCCAUGUUAUUCAACCAUGAUAUCAUACAGGGCGAUGAAGAACUUUCCAUUGCAAUCACAGAUUUGGAGUGUAAGCUCGGUGAAGGGCAGGGGUCGUUGAUCUUAGAGCGUGCGGUAGCGGAAGAGAACAUGAUUCCUGUCAUACUUGCAGCGAUUGACGACGAUUCCUUCAAAAUGGUCUCAAAGCUGAUAUUGGAUCAGUUUCCUUCGACCGUUGACCGAUACUCGCCAUUGCUACUGACAUCACGAUGGAUAACCUAUCUCUUUCAGUCUCUGUCUUCGCUCCAACUUGACGCACCUGCCGAUGUAUCGGGAGGACUUGAAGCAUGCCUUCGUGAUACCCUUCUUGGGACCCCCGUUCUAAAUGCUCUCUGGGAGACUGUACAAGGGUCGGGCUCUGGAAAGAAUUUUAGCCCGACGAAGAGGCGUACGCGAAGCAACCCUGGUCAAACGGAUGAAGCGAAACUCGUCAUCGAUGCGAAGCCUUUCGUUCGUAUGGAUAUCAAGGUCCCGACGACGAUGGAAGCCGUUCGAGCAUUGGGAGAGGAGAUUCUCCGAAAGCAAAAAAACAUUCUCAAGAGCUUUAUGGGGAUCUAUCGGCUACCAUCGCUCCUCCCGAUUGCGAAGAAGAAUUAUUUGAACCUUUCAGUUGCGUCGACAACCAGGCCACCCACCAUAACACCUUUACCCUAUUCCAAUCGCAUCAUUGAUCUGGCGCCGACGACAAGGGCAUCUUCAUCGACAAGUUUUCCUUCACAGCCGCUGAGAGCAUGGUUGUACUUUGAGAGUGCUGAAGGUUUCGGGGAUCUCAGGAUUUAUCUGUCGGACCGAGGACAGGCCGAUCUACGCAAGAGGAAAAGAGACGAUGCUCGUUCGUAUGAGAUUGUCUUGAACAAGCUCAAAGAUCUCUCUCAUGGCCGCUUUACGAACUCUAAUAAUAAGAGACUAACUUUACCAGGGAUGGGCGUCCCAGUCUUCAAAGCCAGGCUUCCCGGGGAUGCCAGAAUAUUGGUAAGGCGGUUACACCAUCUUGCCAACACUUCCAUCACGCCUUUCCUUAGUAUGUUGAAGAUACAAUACAAGAAUUCGGCCUGA